CUCCACCUCUGUUGUCCAACUUGUUCUCGCCAGCUGAUUGUCUCUCAAACAAAAAAUAACCUGCAACAGCAGAAUGUUAUGCUGUCACAGCAGAUCAUAAGAAGAACAUUCAACCGCAAAUGCGAAUAUGUUCGGGACAUUAAAGAGUAAAUUCCAAACUGUACAGGAUGGUAUAUCUGCGAGUUUGCGGGGAUUCUCAAUAUCGGAAAGUCCAAAAACUAAAAAAUCUUUGCAUGCUGGAAAAGUGAAUUAUGGAGCCGGAGCAGAUAUUCUGCAUCACUUCCAACUCCAGUGGAAUGAGUUGCAUGAACUUGCGGAGGAGAAUGCAACGAAAGCACGUGAGGUUGACAUUUUGAUCGGUGGAAUUUAUGAGAGGCUCGACAGACAAUGGAGUAGCAUUAACAUUUUGAAUGCAACACUGGCAGCGAUACCAAAAAUUAACAAUGACAUUCAGAAUCUGAUGGAUCAAAUAGGUUCGUUGGAGGAGGCGUUCGAGGAAGUUGAAGCUGCCUUGUAUAGGCUAGAGGAUUUGAAUGAGACAUUGGAACUUCAGAAUAGACAGUUGGACCAUAGGUUUCAGUUGGCUCUGUACAAGGAGAAGAAGCUGGCAGAGUUGGAUUCUGUCAGAGCUAAACUAGCUAGAGAGCAUAAAGAGAGAGUUCUACAGCAAGAAUUGAAGCAGCAGAAGACAUUGAAAGAGAGACAAGAGACCUUCGAAGAGGUCUUCAGAGGGGAAUUAGAGAAUUACAAAGUUACCGGCUCUGUACCUAAAGUAGCAUCACCUCAUAAAGGUCCAACCCUGGAAGAGAUCGUCCUGGAGGACGAUUCAACUGAUUUCGAUGAAUUUUUGGAGAGCUAGAAGCCCGAGUUACUUUAUAUUUAUAAUUGUGAUCAUUGAGCUUAUCCAUUUGAUCCGAAGACCCUUUUGUAAUAGAUUAUUUAGAAUAGAAUUUAUAUAAGGGCAGUUCUUUUUUUUCGCUAUUUUUCGCCACUAUAUUUGUAUAGAUUUAAUAACAAUAUAUUUAAUUACUGAAAUCAGA